GUGGAGAUGUCUCGUAAGAGCCCGUUUGCCUCCUGGCUUUGUGCAAUGCUCCACUGCUUUGGAAGUUACAUACUCGCUGAUCUGUUACUUGGAGAACCACCUAUUGAUUACUUCAGUAAUAACUCCAGCGUCAUCCUGGCCACAGCAGUUUGGUAUUUGAUAUUCUUCUGUCCCAUGAACCUCUUCUACAAGUGUGUUAGCUUUCUGCCGAUGAAGCUCAUCUUCGUGGCAAUGAAGGAAGUGGUCAGAGUUCGCAAAAUCGCAGCCGGGGUCCACCACGCUCAUCACCGUUACCACCACGGGUGGUUCAUUAUGAUGGCUACUGGAUGGGUGAAAGGUUCUGGUGUUGCCUUGAUGUUGAACUUCGAGCAACUGCUGCGUGGGGUCUGGAAGCCAGAAACAAACGAAAUUCUUUAUAUGUCCUUCCCUACAAAAGCCAGUCUGUAUGGCACAGUCCUCUUCACUCUGCAACAAACUCACUGGCUCCCUAUCUCCGAAGCCAACCUCAUCUUCUUUUUUACCAUGUUCAUGAUAGUUUGCAAGGUUUUCAUGACGGCCACUCACUCUCACGCCUCACCUUUUGCUCCAGUGGAAAACUUCAUCUGCCCAGUUUUCUUUGGCACCGUUUCCAGUGGACAUACCAGUCAUCAUCAUAAUCAGCACGGGGCGUCCCAUGAGGUUUCCCAUCCUCCACCUCCUCCUGCAAAGUCAAAAGAGGAGCUAAAUGAAGGCACAAGGAAAAGGAAAGCAAAAAAAGCUGAAUAAAAAAGCAGCCACAUAGUAAAUAGGCCAAGAAAAUUCUUCCAGAGCUGAGUCUCAAAGCCACCUGUGACCUCCUUUAACUGCAGUCCUCCCUCAAGACUCCAGAGGAGAGGUGGAAGCCAGGACACUGCCAGGCGGGUCCCUGAAUUUCAUCUGUGUUCUCUGUGCUGCUGCUUGCUUCUCAGUCUCUGUCUCUCUAUUCUGAUCGUAUUUUCAGGGAUUUGUAGAUCUGUGCCAGGAUGACAAGUGGGUGCCAGUUCCCAAGCUGUCAACAAUUACGAUGCAGCAUUUUCAACUGAUGUAAAAUCUUUCACUGUCUUUAUUUAUGAAUGGAGGUA